AUGACAACUACGAGACAAGCGAGACCACUGGGAUUGCUGGAAAAAUAUCAAUUGUCCAAACAUUUGCUCAAUGCUUACGGCAGUGUUGUCUUUUCAGCUGAACUGGAACAUCCAAUAAGAGAAGUUCAAGAGGACAUGAAGCAGUUUUACGUAGCUUGGUUCUUGCCUGCACUAAAAAAACUAAUCGAGAAGCAUUCAGCACUCAGUUUAGUCGUGCGAGAUGCAUACACAAGUAAUCCUCGCUUAGAGAUCCUGAAUAGCAUUAAUUUGUCUGAUGUUUUGGAAAUAUCAUUUGAAGACUCAACCAUUGAAAAGCUUACUCAGGAACAGUGCUCAAGAGAUUUUGAUCUGAACGCGCUCACUCCACUCUGGCAACUAAAGGUUGUACCUCUGAGUCAGAGUCGCUGUUUAGCAGCACUUGCAUUGAAUCAUAUCAUUGGCGACGGCAAUAGUCUCCGUGUGUUUUGGAUGGAACUCUUGGAAGCGUUGGAGUCACAUGAUCAGGGCAAGGGCGUAAAUAAUCAGAUUAUACAAACGCCAGAACAUUUGGAAGCGCCUUUGACUCUUGAAUCAUGUGGCCUACCUUCUCCAUCAGUUUUAACAGACGCCUUGCCUGUUUUAGCCAAAGGUUACCUCGAAUCUGUGUCUCAUACUCUACUCGGAGAUACCGAAUGGAGAGGCGAUUUCCCUGCUGUCGAUGGAGAAGCACACAACACAGAAAUCAAGAUGAACAAGAUAAGCCGAGAAAAGUGGAAAAAGAUACUAGCAGAAGCCAAGAAGCGUCAAAUAUCUGGUCAUGCCAUUCUUCAAACUCUUCAUGCCUUGGUAUGGGCUACUCUUUAUUCUGAUUCUAAAUGGACUACCAUAUGCAUGCAUACACCCAUUAAUUGUCGUCCCUUAUGUGACCCGCCUAUUCCUCAAACACAAAUGGGAAAUUUUGUAGGCUCCUAUGAAAGUCAAUGGUCAUUAAAGCAUCUUGGACGAGCGAUUGCAGUCGAUGACGAUAAGCUGGUUUGGUCAAUGGCAAAGAAAUACUAUGAUAAUUUACAAAAGAACAAGAUGAAUUCAGUCAAACUUUCAUUACUGCUAAGCUAUUUACCAGAGUUCCCUACAUCCUAUUGUGAUUUCUGGACAUCAAAACGGAAAUAUGCCAUGAAGAGAAAAGGAGGAAUUGAACAUUCAGACUUGGGUAAAAUGGAAUGGACAGGCACACGUUGGAGAUUAGUAUCAAUGUAUUUCUGUCAGAGUGCUCAUACAUAUAGUUGUGCUCUUGAGAUACAGUCUAUAUGCUUAAAUGGUGAAUUAUAUUAUACCCUUUCCUGGCAAAAGAAUGCAUUGGAUAAAGAUAAAAUAGAUGCAUUUAAUAGAGUGCUUGAUCACUUGGUGGACAAGAUAGCAAAAUAA